UAAAAAACUCUAUUGGAACUCGCACCCCCUACGUUUAUGCGCCAUUUUCUUCAAAUACACGUACAUUUACCGUAAAGAAAGUUCCUGGUUCGCUAAAGUGCUUCGUCGUUCUAUAGACCUAUCGUUAUCAGUGAUUUUUAAAAUAUCUUUGGAAAAAAGAUGCCCAAGUCGAAAAGAGAUAAGAAAAUAUCUCUUACGAAAACAAAUAAGAAAGGCCUUGCUUUGAAACAACAAAUCGUGGAGGAUGUUAGAAGUUGCGUUGAGAAAUAUGACAGGAUAUUUCUCCUAUCCGUACAUAAUAUGCGCAAUAACAAACUUAAAGAUUUACGAUCGGAAUGGAAAGACAGUCGGUUUUUUUUUGGUAAAAACAAGGUGAUAGCGCUAGCUUUCGGUAAAUUACCGGAAACCGAGGCUGCGGAAGGUCUUCAUAAAUUAUCAUUAGCAUUAAGAGGACAAUGCGGUCUGCUAUUUACAAACAGGAGUAAGAAAGAGGUAUUGAAAUGGAUGGAAGAAUAUGAAGAAAUAGAUUAUGCUAGAUCUGGAUUUGUUGCUCAAGAAACUAUAGUGUUACGUGAAGGGCCAAUGCCAGAGUUUUCACAUAGUAUAGAACCUCAUUUCAGACAAUUGGGAAUGCCCACAGCUUUACAGAAGGGUGUGGUAACAUUAAUCAAGGACUACAUUGUAUGUAAAGAAGGUCAAACGUUAAAUCCAGAACAAGCGAGGAUUUUGAAAUUACUUGAUAAACCAUUGGCUACCUUUAAAUUUAUACCAUUAGGUAUAUUUUCCAAGAAACAUGGAUAUAAAGAACUUAUAUCUCAACAUGAUGUUAAAGAAAAUAUGGAAGAACAAAUGGACAUAGAGGAAACAGAAAAUAUUGAUAAUACAUGAGAUAGAUACAACAGACAAAUUUAUAUAUGUAGGUGUUUUCUUCUACCUCCCUUCCUUCCACACAUUUACUCAUUUGCAUGCACACAUACACGUACACACAACGAUAUAGAAUUUUACUUUUCAACUUACACAUUUUGUUAAAAGAAAAAAAGAAAGAAAAAAAAAAGAAACAUAUGAACAUACCAAUUAGACAUUUCUGAAACAACUGAUGUAAAAUAGACAUUAACAUAUUUUUAAAACCUCAAAAUUAUGAAAUCUCCUUUUAACUAUUGUCUGUUUAUUUAAAUCAUUUAAUGAAACAAAAUGAUGAUGCUACCUCUAUAUUUUUCUAUAUUUUGGAUUGUUGGAAUUGUAUGGGUAAAUCAUAAAAUCGUUAUGUUAGCCUAUGACAUGGAUAUCAAAAAACAACAAAAUUUGAAUUUAAUUUAUCUUUAAUUGUCUACCUAUAUAGACGAUUUAUUAUUGGUGCUCCGAGAAUCCUUGUAAUAAUAAUCGUAAGAUGACUUUUAAUGUAAAUUCUGAUACUAGAAGUAGUACGAUAUCGAUCGAUUCUUCGGAUGUAUCUGACAAUGAUGAAUUUUUGAAACAUAAUAGAAAGGGAUUAAAAUAUGAGGUGUAUAUUAACAAAUUCAAAUAUUAAAUUUAAAAAAAUUUAUGUACUAAUAUUUAUAGUAUUACGGCUAAUUAAGUUGAUUCGUUAUGUAUUUCAUUAUUGAUUACAGACUAAAACGCGUUGGCCAAGCAGAACUUCGAUAAAUGAAAUGUAAUGUGGACAUGCAGAAUUUCUAUCAUUGACGACGUCCUUCCAUUAAUGUAAUUUGGCUGUGAAAAGAAUAAACCUAUAAAACUUGAACUAUUUAACAAAACGAUUAGUUUUUUAUUACUUUGUUAUUUAUUUAUUUUAAAAGCUACAAGAUAUAUAUCAUUGUUACAUAUGUAUUUAUGUUUAGUUGCAGAAUACUGAGCAAUAUCAAAUAAAUUACAUGGGAACUUUGAAAUUACAUAAUACGAGACACAUCACAAAACAUGUGACAAAAUCUACUGAAUUUUAUAACCUAUUUGAAAGAAUUAGAUCAUUAUGUGAUGAUAUUAUAUUAACUAUAACGAUAAAAAUAACGUAAUAUGCAAAUAUAUAGCAACAUACAUUAAUAUGGCAUAUUCUAUAAAACAAGAUAUUUUAUCCAAUGAGUAGCAGUAUCCUAUAAAAUUUUAUUCAUUACGUA